AGUGCCGAAAAAGCCCAGUCCCAGCUAGUAAACCAUCAAGUCGGUGUUUAUAAGUAGCAGUAUAUCUACCGAGAGUGUGCGUGUACAGUGUAUGUAUAUGCGUAGAGAUUAUUAUUUUACAAAAACAGAAAACAAGAGGAAGCGAGGAAGAAAGGAUCGGAGCAAUGCUUGAAGCCCAUAAUAUUAAUUCACUCGUCUCCUGGCGUCUCCGAAACUCUCCGCAACAACAACAAGGCCUUCUCACUUUGCUUCAGCAUCCACAAAGACACUUAACAUUUCCAAACGGAAGUACUGAACGUAAACUUUCCGUGCGUUCUUGCGGGAAAAUAUUGGCUGCAACACUUAGUAUCAACAGCAGCUGUAGUAAACCAACCACAGGGAACAAACUACCUGGACAGACAUUUUGUGGACUAGUAGAACACGGGUUUAUAUUAGAACCCAGAGAUGAUCAGUUGACAUUACUACAGGAUGAUCUACGGAGAAAAAUUGAUACAUUUUACCGGUUUUGUCGUCCACACACUGUCAUUGGAACUAUUAUCGGCAUAACUUCAGUUUCUUUGCUGCCCGUGACUUCACUUGGAGACUUGUCACCAGCGUUUUUUAUUGGAUACCUGAAGGCACUGAUCCCAUCAAUUUUUAUGAACAUUUAUGUGGUCGGAUUGAAUCAGUUGUUUGAUGUUGAGAUAGACAAGGUAAACAAACCCAAUCUGCCAUUGGCUUCUGGAGAAUAUUCUAUGGGAUUAGGAAAAGCAAUCGUUUCAGCAUGCGGGCUCAUGAGUUUUGCUAUGGGAAUCAUGUUUCAGUCUCCACCAGUGUUUUUUGCGCUACUUAUAUGCUUUCUGUUUGGGAGUGCAUAUUCAGUCGAGCUUCCUUUUCUCAGAUGGAAGAGAAAUGCUUUCCUUGCCGCAAUUUCUAUUCUCACUGUAAGGGCAAUUACAGUUAAUCUUGCCUUCUUCUACCAUAUCCAGAAAUACGUGCUUGGCAGACCAAUGGUAUUCCCAAGGUCCUUGUGUUUCGCGACUGUCAGUAUAAGCUUGUUCACCACUGUCAUUGCUCUAUUCAAGGACAUACCUGAUGUAGAUGGAGACAGAGACUUUGGCAUUCAGUCCUUAAGCGUCAGCCUUGGCCAGAAGAGAGUGUUUUGGCUUUGUAUUGGCAUUCUGCUUAUUGCCUAUGCAUCUGCUUUGGUGAUUGGAGCUUCAUCCUCAUUCCUAUUAAGCAAGCUUGUAACUGUGAUAGGUCACUGCACACUUGCUUCAGUUCUUUGGCUUCGAGCAAAUUCUGUUAAUCUCAAGGAUAAUGCAUCUGUAACUUCAUUUUACAUGUCCAUAUGGAAGCUAUUUUAUGCCGAGUAUCUUCUGAUUCCUUUUGUGCGCUAAGAAGCCAACCAACUGGAUCCGUAUGUGCUUUCACCCUGAUGAUGUAUAAUUGGUCUCCUAUACCUCGCUCUACUUGCACCAGCUGUCAUGAAAUGCGCCUUUUAAACAGGCUUGUAACAUAUUUUGGUUUGGCACUUUUUUUCACUUCUGUGAUGUGGACUUGUAUUUUUGUAGUUGUUUGGAUUGUAAUCGGUAAAAUUCUGUUGCCUGAAUCCGAGAAGUGGAGACUGAGCAACUCUUACUUUGUCAUCCUGCAGUUUAAUCAACUUGAUAAAAACAUUUGAUAUACCA